AGUUCAUUGCAGUUUUCAGCUGAGCUCUGGACACAAAACUUCAGCCAUGAAGGUGACAGCCAUUUUUCUUCUCAGUGCCUUGGCCCUGUUGAGUUUGUCUGGUAACGCUAAAGCUGAUGUCCCAGGAACAAAGGCUGUAUGUAACAGUAAUGUGAAUGGAUGCCCCAGGAUCUAUGACCCCAUCUGUGGGACUGAUGGGCAUACUUAUCCUAAUGAAUGCAUGUUAUGUAUGGAAAAUAAGGAGCGGGAGGUUCCUGUCCUCAUUAAAAAACAUGGGCCUUGCUGAGAACCAAGGUUCUGAAAUCCUGUAAGGUCACCAUGAUAUCCACUGCCUGA